AUGAACAGAUGUACAAAUGCUUGUGUCGGUCAGCUCCGGAGCUUACGACUAACGAUCGACGGCCAAAAACGAUGGGUUUCCUACGAUAGAUCAAAACUUUCUCGAGAACAAAUUCUUAGGCAAAUACAAGCGGAAAUCACGAGAAUAGAAAACCGGGACAAUCCAAUAAACCUGGAGAAAAAGACAAUCGAGACGGAAGCAGGGGAAUUGCCACUAUCCCCAAUUCUUGAUGCGGAAUGGGUCGCUUCAAGGAGACGAUUUCGCAAACCAAAGGCGGGGAUAGUAUCAGGACAAUUUCGCAAGCACCUUUCAAAUAACCCAUACGCCGAGGCAUUGAUGACCCCGAUGAGAUGGUGUAAGAAUACGAAUGCAAUUCUACCUAGACAUUUCUUGCAGGACUUCGAGCUAGUCAAGCAUCCGGAUUCCACUCAAACGGAAGUGUGGUAUGCUCCAGGCCCACUGGCCUUCGUGAACGUUAUGCCAUGGAGUCUUCAGAGACCGGGGGAGGAUAAAGAGAGCAACGCCAAUGCACAAAUACAAGAAAUGGGGGUUGAGAAACAUGAGGCCCCUGAUACAACAUCGCAAAGAGAGACAUCCACCAAUAGCGAGGAGACCUCACAAGAGAAAGAAACAGAAAAAGUCGAGGAUGAUAUCUUGGAAGGACAGGAAAAAGACAGUCUUGAUGGGGAAAUCAGAGAAGAUUCCCAUCGGCCCGCACGUUUCGUCAUCUACACUCUCUCACGAAAAAGCUUGAUCGAUAUUAUUGCAAUUACCAAAUCAUUGCAAGCUAAGAUGACAGCUCAACGCAAUGGUAUGGGAGCACACGGCAUCCCUCCUGUUGGAAAAAGAAUCUUCCGACCUGAUAUGGGCGACUUGUUGCUCAAGAUGAUGCGACGCCAAGCCGUCGACGCUCUCAUCGCACGAAGCUCAAGUAAGCGCGACGGAAAGGACCCCUAUAAAUUCAUCAUGCCGGUUGAGAGUUGGGAAGAAGCAGCACAAUCUGUUGCUGGUGGGGCUGUGCUCUACAUACCAACAGAACCAACAGAAGACAUGAAUAAUUACGCCACUCUUGAUGUGCAGAAUGCCAAUUACGGUGGGAAGGUCGCAGUGCACGACUUGGUAUUUCUACUUGGCGAGUCAGAGGUUGAGCGAUUGAGGACGGAGGCGAAAGAGUUUCAGGGCCAGGAACUGUUGAUAUUGAAGAACCACAGGAGUGAAAGCAUGCGAAGCUUGUUUCUGCUCCUUUGGAGACUACAAGGAUAUUUGGCAGAGCCGCAGGCAGAGCUCAUUGAGCCAAGGCAAUAUUAG